AUGGCCCAGCAACAGGACGACAAUGUGAUGCGAAGGAAGUUGGUGAUCAUCGGAGAUGGAGCCUGUGGUAAAACGAGUCUACUGAGUGUCUUCACAUUGGGCUACUUUCCUACACAUUAUGUCCCCACGGUAUUCGAGAGCUACGUGACAGACUGCAGGGUUGACGGCCGUUCCGUUCAAUUAGCAUUAUGGGAUACAGCCGGUCAAGAAGAUUACGAACGACUGCGCCCAUUAGCAUAUUCGAAAGCACAUGUUAUCCUGAUCGGAUUCGCCGUCGACACGCCAGAUUCCCUCGAGAACGUUAAGAUCAAGUGGAUUGAAGAAGCAAAUGAACGAUGCCCCGGAGUGCCGAUCAUCCUAGUUGGACUGAAAAAGGAUCUCCGUGAGACACCCGGGGCGAUCGAGGAAAUGAGGAAGAAGUCGCUCCGAUUCGUAUCACCCAAAGAGGGAAAUGAGAUAGCGACACAAAUUAAAGCCCGGAAAUACCUCGAAUGCUCCUCUCUCACCGGAGAGGGCGUAGACGACGUUUUCGAAGCCGCCACCCGUGCCGCUCUGCUCACCUUCGAUAAGCGGAAGUCAUCAUGUUGCAUUGUGCUAUGA